CGGAUUGCGGUGGCUUUGCGUCUCGUUUCCGGUGGGGCGGUGCUUUGAUCCUCCGCAGCGCGUGCUGCUGUGGUUUGGCUCGAAGACGCUUCGACCGGGGACUUCGAGCAGAUUAUGCGAUCGAUACGUCAUCGAUAUGUGAUCGAUAAGGCCAUGGCGAGCGGAGGUGGUAGUGAAAGGCGCAUGCGCGGCGGAGCAGCAGCUUCGCGCUCCUCGGUGUGAUUCAGAGAGGAUUCGUGACUCGAGCUCAGUGCGCGAGCAGGGGAAGAGAAGAUGGACUCGGCCGCGAGUGUUUAGUGGUAUCCUGUACACCCCCCACUGUAAUGCUACAGCAGAACAACAACAACAACUCCCUGUGCCUGGACAUGGCCCACAGGGAGCUGCUGCAAGGCUGUGGAAGAAGCAGCGCCCCCCUAAGUUUCGGAGCCAUCGGGUUCGGCGCAAUCCCUUUGAUCAAAGGCCUGAGGGCGUGGGCCGUCAGUGGAGGCUUCAAUGCCAGAAACAGGAGGAAAACUGCAGGAGAACAUCAGAACCGUCAGCAGACGAAGCAGAUGAUGCAGAGAGGAUGGAAAACGAAGGAGAACCUAACGUUCCGCACUCCUGGCGCACUGGUGACUGUGGCCACUCUGAAGGGCUCUGAGGGGGUCCGGCAGACCCAGACCCGCUGCCUAUUCCUCAAAGCGGAAGGAUGCAGUUAUCUCUGCACUGUGGGAAACAGCAGGCCAACUGGAUCCAGAGCUGCAGGUUCACAGUUAAAUCUGAAUCCGGCCGAAAGGUCAGCGGGUGACACGUACAGCUUUGGCCGAGGAAGACGGGUGAGUGAAGAUGACGGAGCUCGCCAGGUCAAACCACCGGUUGUCCGGAAGUGGAGAAAGUCAAGUAAAGUGGUGAAAUCCUCCGAGAAAAGCUCAGCAGCUGAGAGUAGAGAUGAACAUGGACAAGGGGCUAAAAGGGAUUUCAGCUCACAGGUUGAUGCAUCAAAAACUGCAGAGUAUGCCGUAACAGCAUGUCUGAAGGCUAAACACAAGCAUGCAGCUUACAGCACACAGCCAGGAACUGUAAACAAGAACACUGCUGGCAUCAAGAAGGUUAACAAUGACGAGACUCACCUGCACAGGUGCGAAGGAGACACCUCUGCUGAAACUAGUUCCAGUGCAGUGCAGGAAGUGCCCAGACCUUGCAAAGACAGCGCAGAGGAGGCCACAGCUAACAUUAAACAUAAGAGUGACCUUGCAGAUGUAAAUCUGAACCACAUUGUGACCAAGGGCAUGCAUUUUGGCAGUGAUGUGCCAAAACCCAAAGAGUACAGGCCAGAGGAACUGGAUAACAUAGCUAACAUAGUUAAUGUAUCCAGACUUCCCUCAGAUGACACUGAGGGGUCCAGAAUAGACAAAGACUCAUCUAAAAGUAACAAUGAGGUGGUCAUCCUUUCUGAAGGAAUGGAGGAAGCUGAAGGCCUUGACAUGGCCAUCACCAAGAGUGUCUUGGAGAAUCCUGGUCAUGAUCAUGAACUUGCAGGAGUGGAGAACGUAUCCAAGGCCACAGUAGGCAAAGACUCACUAAACAUUGAGAAGAACCAGCCUGAGGUGGACAUACAGUCUGAAAAAAUGGGAAAAGAUGAAGCCUUGAACAUAGCUAGGACCAAGACUCCAAAGAAGGAUCUUGGUCAGGGUCAUGACCUUGCAGGAGAAGAGUCUGGAUACAUGGCUGGGACAAACAAAGACUCACUUAAGAAUGAGAAGAACCAGCCUGAGGAGAUCAAAUGGUUUGAGGACAUGGAAAAACAUGAAGGCUUGGACCUGGCUAGCACCAAGAGUCCAAGGAAGGAUCCUGGUCAGAAUCUUGAGCUCUUAGGAAUGGAGAAUGGACCCAAGGCCACGAUGGAUGAAGGCUCACUUAAUACUGAGAAGAACCAGUCUGAGGAGGUCAAAUGGUUUGAGGACAUGGAAAAAGAUGAAGGCUUGGACAUGGCUAGUGCCAAGAGUCCUCUGGGGAAUGCCAGUUAUGAUUAUGACCUUGCAGGAGUGGAGAGUGGAUCCAAGGCCACUGUGGAUAAAGACUCACUUAAAAAUGAGAAGAACCAGUCUGAAGAGGUCAUGCAUUGUAAGGAAAUGGAGAACAUUGAAGACUUGAAGAUGACCAGUGCCAAUAGUCCAGUGGAAGAUCCCUGUCAGAGUCAUGCCCUAGCAGUGAUGGAGACUGGAUUCAAGGCCAAGAUGGAUGAAGAGUCACAUAAAAGGGAGAUUGGCCAGUCUCAGGUGGUCAUCCAUUCUCUUCAAACGGAGAAGGAGGAAGCCUUGAGCAUGGCCAGCACCAAUAGUUCAGUGGAGGAUCCUGGUCAGGGUCAUGACCUUGUAGGAAUGGAGACUGGAUUCAAGGUCAGGAAGGACAAAGACUCACUUAAAAGUGAUACUGACCUGUCUGAGGUGGUCAUCUACAAUAAUAGAAUGGAGAAAGGUGAAUCCUUUAAUAUGGCCAGCACCAAGGGUGCACUGAAAGAUGCUGGUCAGGCUCGUGACCUUGCAAUGAUGGGCAAAGACUCUAUUAAAAAUGAGAAUAUCCAGUCUGAGGUGGUCAUCCAUUCUCUUCAAAUGGAGAAGGAGGAAGCCUUGAGCAUGGCCAGCAUCAAUAGUCCUGUGGAGGAUUUUGGUCAGGGUCAAGACCUUGCAGGAAUGGACAAUGGAUCCAAGGCCAUAAUAGUCAAUGACUCACUUAAAAUUGAGAAGAACCAGCCUGAGGUGGUCAUAAGGACUAAGGAAAUGGAGAAAGACAGUGAUGAAUCCUUGGACAUGACCAGCACCAAGAGUCCAGUAGAGGAUCCUGGUCAGGGUCAUAAUCCUGCAGGAGUGGAAAAUGAGAAUAGCCAAACUGAGGCCGUCAACCAUUCUCUUCAAAUGGAGAAAGAUUAUGUUGAAUCCUUGGACACAGCUAGGACUUGUCAAGGUCGUGAUCCUACAGGAGUGGAGAAUGAAUUCAAGGCCAGGAUGGACAAAGACUCACUUAAAAGUGAGAAAAUCCAGUCUAAGGUGGUCAUCUACACGGAAGAAAUGGAGAAAGAUGACCCCUUGGACGUUGCCAACACCAGGAGUCCUCGGGAGGAUCCUGGUCAGGGUCAUGUAGAACCACUGGAGGAACACUGUCCACCUCAGCAGAUGGAAGUAAACAGUGGUUGUGAAGAACAGUGGUUUGCUAAAUCUCCAUCACGAGGUUCUCCCAAAGCCUCUGCUGUUGUUGCCACUGCUUGCCUGAUUAAUCCAGCCUUCACUAGCACCUCCAACUCCACCACAGCCAUAGCAACAGCCCCUCCAGCCCGCAGCAGGCAGGAAGAGGUGGGGGCUAGCUUUAGGAGCUUAAGGCCUCAGCCUGAAUCCCAGCUUCUGUCAGAGCAGGAGAGAGGCCAGGACUGGAGCAAAGUGGCCACGAACGAAAGGCCUGUGGAGGUGGGUGAGGAAGAGGAGGAUGAGUUUGGGGUCUUUAUGCAGGCCGGGGAGGAGCAGAUAUGGACAGAAGAGUUCAACGAGCUCCAACAAGUGCCUUCUGGGAUGCAUGAUGGCAUUGGACAUAGAACCUCUACUGAUGCAGAUGAGCCCAUGUCCUGGACGUCUGAUUGGACUGGAGUCCAAUCGUUCCACCAGUCAGAUGACUCGUGGGCCACCUUUAAGCAGGAGGAUGACAGCAGAGGGGCGGAAUCCGAGAUAGCGCCAGCCGGCCAAUGGUGGAGCUGGACAGCAGUGGAGAACUCAGACCUGGCACUGUCCUCUCUGAAUAAUGUGUCCCAAGUGUUUUUAGAGGCGUUCCCUUCUGUGGACGCCACCUGUGGAGAAACCGACUGUGUUCCAACGCUGAAGGAGCUUCUGCAGGGACCUGCCGAAAACAACCGCCCCACGAAACCUCAGAGCCAGAGCUUAUUGGACGGCCUCCAGGAUCUGGACCGGAUGAUUGAUGUGAAAUAUAAGCGGGCGGAGUCUCUGAGCCGUAAGCUCCUCCUCCAGUCGCUGCACUUGGGCGCAGUCAGCUCUGAGCGUGCCAGUGGUCGUGAGCAGGCCACCGCCAGGUUCUCCCCCAACCUGCCCUCAUCCAACCAGCAGCUAGCGGCUAAUGCUAAACGGCGACUGUCUUAUGACAUCAACAGGAACAUCAUGACCUAGCGUCUGCGCUAACUGAAGGCGGAGCGAAGAAGAGGAUGACAACUGCAGUUUGUUUUUUCUGUUUGUUUUGUUUUUGUCCCAGAAGUCUGUGCGCCCUCAUUCUGUUCCCUCACCUGGUUGAUUUGUCAUGUAUUUUUCCCAACAGCCUGUGUUACGUGAACACUCUCACAGCAGACACCAGGCAGGUGCUCCAGCGAUUCUCCAGCUGAUCUCCAUCCGCUGCAUCUGCAGUGCACGUUCCAGAGCUGUGGCUAGCGGUCACUCCAUAAUCAAUUCAUCAGGAACACAAAAAAGCGCAGUAAUCAGUAAUUAACAUGAGAUAAUUAAUAUUAUACACAGUGAUUGAUUCCGCAAAUGAAAAUACAAGCAUUCCUGCUGCCUUCGCAGUGUUUUUAACAUAAGUCCUCCUCACGUCCUCACAUUUACAGAGAAAUAAGACUUUUAUCAGGUCCAUGAAAGGAAUGCAUCGAUUUCCUUCACUGAUUCAUUUUUGUAUGAUUGGACACAUAAUCGAACCGGCACCAGGAGCCUAAAGCAUUCAUACAACAAUAAUAAUGUAAAAAAUAUGUAAACAGUUUACCUACACCUACCGUUCCCUCACCAUAUUAAUAUGUUGUGCUUAAUCUGUCAAUAUUAAAACAGAAAGACAAACAGUGGGUGUUUCAUCCAUGUUCAGGACACAAUGUAGUACAAAACUGCAGUAUUUGAACUUCAAAAUACAAGCCCAUAAAUAAAAACAAAAUGCAAUGAUGUGCAGCUUUUUAUCAACAUUUGAAAUUCUGUCCUAACAGACAUGAUUCUGUAGUGGAAAUCACAGCAUGGGCUCAGAAACACUUCUGAAAACCA